CUUCCGGGUACAGCAGGACUUUAUAUUCUGCCCCGGUUUCUGACCACCGUACAGAGAAUCACCGCGAGCUCGGCGUGUAGACCUUACCGUUCCCGCCCCACACACUGCAACUGUCCGGUAACAUGGAGCUGGGCUUCCUUCCCGUGUCCAUCCCCCUGACGUGGGUUCUGCUGGCCGUGCUGCCUGUCCUGUUUUACCUGUACGCAAUCCGACCCUUGCAGGCAUUAAAGAAAAUGGGCGUGUCUGGACCCAAACCAUUGCCACUUAUUGGAAAUCUGCACCAGACUAUGAAAGCGGGAUUUUAUAGUAUCGAGGCUCAGAGAGAUGGUAUAACCACAUAUGGUACAGUGUACGGAAAAUUCUCCGGACGUACUCCACACCUGAUGAUUUCUGACCCAGAGAUGCUGAGAGAGAUCUUCGUCAAACAGUUCCACAAGUUCGCUAACCGCGCGCCGGAAGGGAUGUCUUUGGACGUCAAGCCGCAGAGUCGCAUGCUCACGUCGCUGGUAGACGAGGAUUGGAAGAACGUACGAAGUACCAUCACUCCGGCCUUCAGCGGGGGCAAGCUUAAGCUGAUGACAGAAGCAAUGAACAGCUGUGCCGACCUGUUGGUGGGAAAUAUCGGCAACUUUAGAGAAAAGGGUGAAUCCUUUGACACGAAGGAACUGACAGGUGCCUUCACCACUGACGUCAUCGCCCGGACAGGCUAUGGUUUGGACGUCGAUUCACAGCGGAACCCAGAAGACCCCUUUGUCGUCAAUUUAAAGAAGGCUUUCAGUUUUAACUUCAAGAAUCCAGUUCUAUGGCUCUUUUGCAUGUUUCCGAGCCUCAUGAAGCCGAUUUUGGAGAAGUUUAACUACAGCUUCAUGGACAAGGAUGCUACUGACUUCUUCUACAACAUUCUUGAGCAGGUCAUGGAGAUGAGGCAGAAUGGACAAGGUCGUGUGGACUUCAUGCAGCUUAUGAUGGACGCCCACAAGGACGAUGACGUUGACAACAUAGACGCCAAAGAGACCAAAGUGCAAGAAACUAAGAAACCUCUGACCAAAGACGAUGUUGUAGCAAACGCGUUCCUGUUAUUCAUCGCUGGUUACGAGACGACGGCAACCACGAUGGCGUUCACCCUGUACAACCUGGCACUGCACCAGGAGGCACAGGACAGGGUCAGGGAAGAGAUCAACCAAGUCAUGGAGGACAGGGACCUAGUGGACUAUGAGGCUGUCCACAACAUGCCAUACCUGGACAUGUGUGUCAAUGAGACUCUCCGCAUGUAUUCUCCUGUGGCUAGUAUCGGUCGCGUGGCAGGGGAAGAGGCCAAGCUGAAAUGGCUGACUAUCCCGAAGAACAUGAUGAUUAUCGUUCCUGUUCUUGGAAUCCACUACGACCCCGAGCGCUGGCCGGAGCCAGACAAGUUUAUCCCUGAAAGGUUCACUAAGGAAGAGAAAGAGAAGAGGGACCCUUUUGAUUGGUUGCCGUUCGGGGCGGGGCCGAGGAACUGCCUCGGGAUGCGGCUGGCGAUGAUGGAGCUGAAGGUGGGACUGACCAGGGUGCUGAUGAAGUACCGCAUCGUCACCGGACCGGACACUGAUAUUCCAUUGAAGAUCAUGAAGAGCAAGCAGUUCCCCACCCCAGAGAACGGGAUCCGGCUGAGGGCGGAGCUUCUGCAGCCUGAAAGUGACUGAUCCAUUUUAGUCGGAAAAGAAAACCCUGGGCGUUUUCAAAGUUGUUACAUGAUUAUAUUAUAAUGAACUGAUGACAUUCCAACUUAUGAAGGUAUAACGUGCAUUAAGAAAAAGUUGAAAUCCAGCUUAAAUGUCAGAGUGUUUAAAAGCAAUAUGCAGAAGUUGAUGAUUGGGGAUGCAUUUGCGUAAUUCUAGAGUAUUUUCAACUGAAUUGCAAUACUAGACCAUACUAUAGGCUCCGCCCAAGGCUGUUGCCAAAACGUGUUGUUGCUAGAUUAAGGCUUGGACUUGAGAAGUCCUGUUUGAAGUCUAAAAAUACUAUAGGUUUGUCAAAUUUUAGAUUGCUAUACGGCUUGUGAAAUGCCAAAGACUAGUCUGCUAUGAUGUAUAAGCAUGAUUUGGCUGAACUACACUCAUUGCUGUUUGAUGAAAAGACGCAAGGUGGCCUCGUAUCAAUUCCAGAGGUCUACAACCUGCUUGCUAGUGCCCCCCUCCCAGCGUACCUCGGAACAGGUACUUUGUCCUCGCUCUGUGGCCGUAUCUGUUGUUAUCGACACAAAGAAAAACAGGACUCAACAGUGCACACCAUGCGCGUUUAUUCAUCCUUUAGCACACAGCAAUGAAUUUAAGGAAAUCACCAAAAUUAAGAGUCUUGAAAUAAAAUGUGACGUGACUUUCAACUGGAUCAUAUGGAAGGGCAAGAGAACACGUACAGGUCAGAAGUAAGGUUUUUAAAUGAACCUCAGAUUACACGUAGUUCACGUCACUGCUCAUUUUGAAUGGAAUAGUCGCUUUCAAUAUAUCAAAUGUAGU